AUGGCUUCAUCAUCAUCAAAAGUCACACUGAAACUACUGAUAGACAAAAAAGGGAAAAAGGUGUUGUUCGCUGAAGCAGGUAAGGAUUUCAUCGAUUUCCUCUUCUCCAUUCUCACUUUACCGAUCGGUACCGUUAUCAAUAUCUUAAACAGCAAAGGCAUGGUAGGCUGUUUAGGUAAUCUUUACCAAAGUGUAUCCGAUCUAAGCAAUGAUUACAUGCAACCCAACCAACAAAAAGACGUGGUCUUAAAACCCAAGUCCUCCCUUUCAUCUCAUCAAGUCCCUCUUUUGCAACUUGACGAUACUUCUUCAUCUCCACCAACCACUGAAACCAAAUUAUUUUACAAGUGUGCGGGAUGCAACAGCGCCCUUCUUUCGCCAAUAUCUGGUACACAGUGUCCUUAUUGUCGCAACGCAAUGUCUACCUUGGUCACUAUGUAUGUUCCGAAACCGUCCUCGGCAGCUUCUGUUCCGGCUGCUGCUACUACUAACAUUGGUGAGGUGGCAGGUGGAUUUGUGAAGGGGGUGGUGACGUACAUGGUGAUGGAUGACCUGGUUAUUGCUCCAAUGUCUACUAUAUCUAGCAUUACUAUGCUCAACAAGUUUAACAUCAAGGAAGUCGGUGCUUUAGAGGAAAAAGUUGUUCACUUAGGCAUGGAUGAGGUGUUGUUCGCUGAAGCAGGUAAGGAUUUCAUUGACUUCCUUUUCUCCCUUCUCACUUUACCGAUCGGUACCGUUAUCAAACUCAUAAACAACCAAGGCAUGGUAGGUGGUUGUUUGAGUAAUCUUUGCUUUAGUGUAUUCAAUCUAACCAAUAUGCAAUCCAACCUACCAAAAGAUGUAUUUAACACUUCCCUUUCAUCUCAUCAAGCUCCUCUUUUGCCACCUGAGCAAUGUUCCUCAACUCCACCAACCACUGAAACCAAAUUUAUCACGUGUUGGGAUUGCAGCAACCCCAUUUUGUCUCCAACUUCUGGUGCACGUUGUUCAUAUUGUAAAAAGGUAAUGUGUAAGGUUGUCACUAUGUAUGUUCCCGAACCGACGGCAUCGGGUCGUGGUCCAGACACUAGUGUGGGUGGAUUCGUGAAGGGAGUGGCAACAUACAUGGUAAUGGAUGAUUUGGUUGUUGAACCAAUCUCUACUAUGUCUAGCAUUACUUUGCUCAUGAACAAGUUUAAUAUCAAAGAAGUCGGUGAUUUAGAAGAAAAAGUUGUUUAUCUUGGCAUGAAUGAGAAAACCGACGGGCAAAAUCAUAAUCCUAAAAGGAUGACAAAUUCAGUGAUAACCUUGAAGCUUUUAGUUAAUAAAAGAGAUAAGAAAAUCAUGUUUGCUGAAGCAAACAAAGACUUUGUUGAUUUUCUCUUUUACAUACUCACAUUACCUAUCGGUGCUAUCACGAAACUUUUAGCAAAAGAACCGUUAUCAGGAAGCCUAGGAGAUCUUUAUCAGAGCAUUGAAAACCUAAACGGCAUGUAUAUACUACAAAGCAAGACCAAAGAGACUGUUUUGAACCCGCAAUCAACUUAUGUUCCGAAUCAAGAUUUGCUCUUGAUUUCCAAAGAUCCUCCAACUGAAACAAAGUUUUAUAGAUGCCCCAAUAGAUGCAAAUAUGUCACUAAUGACCCAAAGACUCUGUGUCCUAACUGCCGCUGGGCUAUGUCGGAGGAAAUGGCACAGGUCCCAACAGAGACGGCUAAAGGUACGGCUACUACAAUGGUUGGAGAAGUUGGAUUUGUGAAAGAAGUGGUAACUUAUAUGGUCAUGGAUGAUCUGACUGUAAAACCCAUGUCCACCAUUUCUACAAUAACUUUGCUCAACCAGAUGAGUAUUAAAGAUGUUGGUGUUCUUGAAGAAAAGGAGGUCCAAUUCGGGGUGUCAGAGGGUUUAAAGCUACUCAAGGCCUCCAUGGAAUGCAAGAAUGUACUGACUAGUGUAUUUCUAGACUCUGAAGACCACAUCAAUAUUGUUUAAGCCAGCUACUGUAAAAACUUGACAAGUAAAAGUUUGUUGUAUGCAAAUUCAGUAA